AUGAAGUUCUCCUCGAAAUUCUUCAACUUCGAGUUUCUGCGCGUCCUGGGGACAGCUCCAUUGCAGGGGGCCGACGUGGCCGAGUGCAUGGACGCUGCUUCACAGAUCCAGGACAACGACCCCGACAGUUGGCAUCAUGCCUGGUCAAGAGCAGCGGAGAAAGCUGAAGCAAUGGGAGAAGAAGCCCGUCGAUCCGGCGACCGUCAGACGGCCGUUUGGGCCUAUUUGAGGGCCUCCAACUACCACCGAUCCAGCGAAUUCAUGUUGCAUCACCUUCCCCGGUCCAUCCCCGAUACGCGUUCGAGCAGCAGCCUUAACCACGCAAUUCGGAGCUUCCGACAUGCCUGCCAGCUGAUGGACAGUCCCGUUGAAUUCGUCGACAUUCCGUACCAGCAUGCCGGCACCACCCACCAUCUCCCGGGCUACCUUUUCCUGCCUGUGCAAUCUUCCAUCACAGAUGCGUCUACGGGAGUCCCCGUGGUCUUCACCACCGGGGGAUUCGACUCCAUCCAGGAAGAACUAUACUACUACGCCGCGUCGGGGGCCCGAACGCGGGGAUACGCGACACUCUCCUUCGAAGGACCCGGGCAGGGCAUCAUGCUGCACCGAGACGAACAUCACCUGUACCUCCGUCCAGACUGGGAGGUUGUAAUCAAGGCCGUCCUGGACUGGCUGUUCGCCACCAGCGCCGCACACCCGGAAUGGAAUCUGGAUCUCUCGCGACUGGCCUUGUUCGGGGCCUCCAUGGGAGGCUACUUCGCUCUCCGCGGAGCGACAGACCCCCGCGUAAAAGCCUGCAUUGCCGUGGACCCCUUCUACGACCUGGCGACCCCGUUACGGGCCCGGAUGCCCGCGUGGCUCAUGAGUGCCAUUGAGCACGGCUACUUGUCCGAUCGACUUUUCAAUGGGCUGUUCCGUAUGCUCGCGACACUCAAUUUCCAGACCCGCUGGGAGUUUGGACAUGGAAUGCGCGCACUAGGGAUUGAUUCCCCGGCGGUGCUGGUGCGCGAGUUCACUCGAUACACGCUGCAUCCUGUGUCGGGGACAGGGUCGCCGUUGGAGCACAUUGAGUGUCCGGUGCUGGUGACUGGGGCGCGCGAGUCCAUGUACUUCCCGCCGGAGAGCAGCGCGGUUCCCAUUUACGAGGUGCUCAGGCGUCGAUCGGACGCCAGUACGGAUCUCUGGCUGCCCGAGGGAGUGGGCCAGGGAGGGUUACAGGCCAAGGUUGGGGGGUUGUCGCAUCUCCACGCGAAGGUGUUUGGGUGGUUGGACCACGUGUUUGGCAUGGAUCGAUCGAUCGGUCGAUCGGCGGUAGUUUAG